UAAAUGACAUUCUAAGCCGCAACAAAGAUGGCGGCUUUCAAGAGUUCAUCAAAUACUAUAAACGAGUUUUUUAAACUGACUUUUUUAAAAUAAUAAUUAUGAUUUUUAAAGAGAAAAUUUUGUGUAAUAUUUUUUGGGCAGUGGAAAAAAUCAGACCAAACAAAUGUAAUUGUAUAAAAAGAGAACGAUUUUUUUUCCGUUUAAAAACACUAUGGUUUUUAGUAGCUUUUGUAACACUAUCGUCACAUAUAAAAUUAGCUUCUGGAGAAUAUAAACCACCUGAAAACGCAGAUUCUGAAAAAUCUUUUUUUCAAAAAGAUUAUAAAACAUGUAAAAAGGGAUUAAAAUUACCAGGUUACAGCCUUAAUGGGGGUACGAAAGCUGGAGAUUAUAUAAACUUAGGUUCUGUAAAUAUUUUUGAUGAGUGCAUUGACCUAUGCUGUCAGGAUAGUGAUUGUGAAAUAGCUGUUAUGUUAACUCAUAAAAAGCAACAGAAAUGUUUUAAAGUAGUUUGUUUUGAAGUAGACGAUGAUUUGUGUAAGCCAGUGCGUGCAACAAAACAAAAGGAAAAGUAUCAUCCUUACUUAUUCUUUCGAGGUGGAACAAAAGAUUUAUCAAAAAAAGAAGCACAAGAGACAUCAAGUACGGAAAAAAAAUCUGAUAGACCAAAAUCUGUGUGUCGCUCUUAUACAGGUUCAGUCUGCAGUACUCACUUAGAUCCCACAAAGAUGUAUAUAUAUUCUGAGGAUAAUAAUGAGACCAGCCUUGAAGAUCAUUUGCGUGCACCAAUCCAAAAGAUUAGCACAACAAUAUCAAAGAAGUGUCAAAGUAUUGCUUUACAGGCUAUUUGUUACAGAAUAUAUCCACAGUGUACUGAUCAGGAUAAUCCAAUUCCUAUCAAGAUAUGUGAAAAUGAGUGCAGUAAAAUUUCUAAUGGUAAAUGCGUAGCUGAGUUCACUGCAACUAAUAUGUUGUCUUACUUACAGCGCAUUAUUCCAAACUGUCAGGAGCCAAGUGACGAGUCUGAGGAAUCCUCAGAAACUUCAGAUUGUAUAAAACUUAGUGAAGAGCCAUAUGAAUCAUCCUUGGUUACUCAAAAUAAAAUGUUGUAUUCCAAAGAGGAUUUAGGUCAAAAAUUAUCCCAAAAUUUCCAAAUAGAAAACAAAACAGGUUUGACUUUUCAGAUGCAACCUAAUUAUUCAAAUUUAUCACUUGGACCUAUUGUAGCAGUAUCUUCAUUAUUUCAAGAGUCUAUUCCUCAUGCUUUGGAACAAAAUUUUUCUGCCCUGACUACUAGUGCUCCUAUUUUAACUGUGGACGCACCUUUAAAAAAUCAUUUACCAACAGUUGUUAAUGUUACAGAAAAAGACCAAAUUAAUUUCCAAGAAACUGUUAUAACAACAACAAAGGUAGCUGCUGUAACACCCAAUCCUCCUCCACCUGUGUUACUGGAAGAAAUACGAGUUUCAGCUGGAGACAAUACAGAAAUUAUACUUCCUAUAGAAGAAGCUAGUUUGUAUUCAAGCACUUGGCCUAAAGAAAAACAAGAGGGAGAAUAUUCUUACAAAUGGUCAGAAGUAUCUUCGCCACCACUUAGUCAUGGUUACAUUGAAGGAAAAAAUUCAAAAAAUGUUAAAUUAUCAAAGUUAAAUGUACCUGGUGUGUAUACAUUCAAGUUAGAAGUUGAGAGCUCUGAUAAGAGACAUGGUGUUGGAUAUAUAAAUAUUACAGUCAAAGAAGCUCCCCGAGUUAAUCGACCUCCAAGAGCAGAUAUUUUUCCAAAAGAGCAAUCAAUAACAUUGCCAAUAAACACCGUAGUUCUUGACGGCUCAAGGAGUUCAGAUGAUGUAAAUAUUGUUUCAUACAAAUGGGAAUUAAGAAAGGGUCCUCUCAACGAUAACAAUGUUUUUGACUCAACUGCUGAUACCAAGAUACUGCAGUUGAAAAAUUUACUGGCAGGCACCUAUGUUUUUCGGUUAACAGUAAAAGAUUCUGAUGGAGAAACAGAUAGUACUGAAACAACUAUCACAGUUAACAAAGAGCAUAAUUAUCCACCAAAAGCAAAUGCUGGAUCUGAUGUCAUUAUUCAACUUCCUAACAAUUCUGUUGUGCUUCGUGGAGACAAAAGUACUGAUGAUAAAUCAAUCCUUACAUAUGAGUGGAGAAAAACAUCAGAUAGUCCAACAUGUGAUAUGCAAGGUUCAGAUAAACCGUUGCUUCAUGUGUCUCGUUUAACUGUUGGAACAUAUGUAUUUAUUUUAAAAGUAACAGAUGCAGAAGGUCUGUCUGAUGAAGCUCAAGUCAAAGUUAUUGUUCUAGCAGAACAUAAUACAAAUCCUGUUGCUAUAGCAGGAGACAAUUUGGAGCUUGUCUACCCCGACGAUUCAACAACACUCGAUGGCUCGUUAAGCAGAGACAACUCAAUGAUUGUAUCUUACCAAUGGGAAGUCCUAAGUGGUCCAUCAUUACCAAAACUUGUGAAUGCUGAUAAACCAAAAGUGUUAGUUUCAGAUUUGAAACCUGGUACUUACAAGAUGCAAUUGACAGUGACAGAUGAUAAAAAUUUGAAAGGAACAGACAUAGUCGAAAUUCGUGUUAAAAAAGACCACAAUGAACCACCUGUAGCCAACGCUGGUGAAGAUCAAGUUAUUUAUUACCCAGAACGCUCCAUUGCUUUAGAUGGCACAAAAUCACACGAUGAUGAGUUCAUUGUAAAAUAUCAAUGGAUUCGAGCUGGUUUGAGUCCUGCAGCUGGUGAUGUUCUUAAUGGUAGCGAUAAAUCUCCAGUUCUUUAUCUGGCUAAUUUGGUAUUAGGAAGAUAUCUUUUUGACCUUGUAGUGACUGACAAUAGAGGUUUAACUGGAAGAGACUCUGUUGUAGUACUAGUUAAUGAAGAUCCAAAAAGUGAUGGUCUCGUGGAAAUUUAUUUCGAUGCUGAUGUGAGUUCAUUCAUGGAAGAUCACAAGAAACAACUUCUUAGACAAAUUUCUGUUAUUCUUGAAGUUGGUGAAGACUUAGUCCAUUUAGAAGGAUUGCGUAGCGUUGGUUAUGGAAAUAGCAUUAUGCUUUUAAUUUAUGUAGUUGAUCCUAAGUUAGAGCGCAUUAUGGAUGGUAAAUAUGUGGCAGACUUAUUAAAACUAAAAAUUGGGUUUGGUGGUAAACUUUUUGACUAUACAAUGGAGAAGGUAGAACCUUAUAUUUGCCGUAACACUUGCUCUGGCCAUGGUUAUUGUGAUAAAUUAACCAAACAAUGUGUAUGUGAUAGCUUCUGGACUUCAAAUAUUUUAAAAUCUCAUUUUGGAGAAAAGGAAAGUAAUUGUGAAUGGAGUAUCCUAUAUUUAUCUGUCGCAAUAUUCGGUGUUUUUCUCUUUUUUGUUGCGAUCGCUUGGGGAGUUUGUUUUGUGUUUGCAAGGCGCCAGCGUAACAAAAGAAGGACUCGAUAUCGUGCCCUUCGUACACGCGAUCACGACAGCAAAGAAGACAUUCUUCUUGUACCAAAUGGAAAAGGCAAAUAUUCAGCGCAAAGUUUGACUUUUACAGAAACGGACGAUGAUUCCGAGGAAGAAACAACAGUUUUUGAUAAAAAACGAUUGCUAAACGGGAACAGUUUUACGUCGAAUGGUGUUGCAAACGGAAAGCUUCCCAAACAAAGAGAUCACGCUUUAUAGCUUUUAAGAUAUGCCGUA